UCUGAUCUGUAACGGCGGUUCUCAUAUGAAUCCAAGUUCUUCUCCAAAGCCUUAAAAACCUGCUUAUUCAACCAUGAUCCUCUAAUGGCAAUUCGCAGAUCAAUCAAAGCCCUCCUACGAAACCAUAAUUCCCGUUCUCUCUUUCUCCAGCCACCUGCAAGUCCCCUCAUAUCUUUACCGCCGCCAUUUCUCCACCAGUUCCCAUUAUUUUCCUCGAAUUCGUCAACAGUUUCGUCUGUUUCUUCAAACGCUUUCUCUUUCUCUCUCCUCUUCACUUCUGCUCGCACUCGCUUCUUUACACCAUUGCGCAAAUGGGUUCCUCUCUCUGGUCCUCUCUUUCUCUCUGCACCUCCCUGGAAGCUCUCUCAGUCUGCAACUCCUCUGUAUUUACGUGGUGAACUUUGUAAAUUAAGGAAGAGGUCGGUGAAUGUAAUUUCAGAAAGGGCUUUUGCAGCUAAGCUUGCCUUGGUUUCAGGAAAUUCAACAGGUUACGUAGAGACUCUGAUUGAUAACAAGCGAUUGGGAAGCCACGUUUCUUAUUCAGAGAGUCUUCUGAAUCCACCCAAUUUGAUUUCCAUUACCAGAAUGGUAUCUGGUCCAGUAAUUGGAUGGAUGAUCAUAAACGAGUCAUAUUCUAUGGCAUUUUUGGGUUUAGCUGUUGCCGGGGCGAGUGAUUGGCUAGAUGGUUAUGCAGCUCGGAAGAUGGGUAUAAGUUCUGUGAUUGGAUCGUACCUUGAUCCGCUUGCAGACAAGGUUCUUAUCGCCUGUGUUGCCUUGUCAAUGGUAAAGAAAGAUCUUUUGCACUCUGGGCUUGUAGGACUUGUUGUGCUUAGAGAUCUUGCUCUCAUUGGUGGUUCGAUCUACAAAAGAGCUGAGAGCCUGGAUUGGCAGUGGAGAGGAUUGUCCGAUUUCAUAAACCUUCAGGGGACUCGUGUUGAGAAAGUGGAGCCCCUCUUAAUAAGCAAGUUGAACACAGUUUUGCAAUUAAGCCUAAUAGCAGCAGCUCUUCUCCAGCCUGAGUUUGGUAAUGAUGACACUGCAUUUUGUAUCACAUACUUGAGUUGGUUGGUAGUCGCUACAACAAUAUCAUCUUCGGCAGCUUAUGGCAUGAUGUAUACCCAGAAAAGCUCAACAACAUGUGCAGGGAAGUGUAGAUCUCUCUUGGGAACCAAGACAUCAUAAUCUUGAAGUAUUUGGGAAAAAUUACUAACGGGAGUUCUAGCACCAUUUGCUAUCCAAUGUAAUCCACUUCAGGCGAGAGAAUAUCCCAAAGAGAUUCGGGAAGCUGUUGAUUUGGGGUUAUAACAUUGAAGAAAUGUAAUAUAGUGAGAGAUGAACUAGGAGCCCCUAAAGCAAGGGGAUUAAAGAUGACAGAUUCAGCAAGGGGUUGAGCAACAAGAAUACUAAGCAAAGUGAGAAUGGGAAUCUAGUAUGAAAUUCUACCAAGAUCGUGAGAGGACAGACAUGACUAGUUACGAGAGAUGCAUAUAUAGGGCAAUUUGAUUCACUUGUUGCGAGCUAUUUGAUUGUUAUUUAUUGGAGUCUGUUUCACUGCACCUGAAGUAAUAAAGUUUCGACUUAGGUGACGGUUGUUGAAAAACUUGUAUGCUGAGUGUUUGGUUCAUGAAAGCUUUUUGGCCGCAUGCCAACAAAGAUCUU